ACAUACUAUGACAGAUGUUGUUCUCUAAUAUCCAAAUAGGUCCAAUGCUUUAUUAAUAAUCGUUAUAAUGCAUAUUCUAAACACUUUAACAAGUACAGGCUGUGUUGCUACACUGGUAUAGUAGUGUGGUGGUACCAGUAUGUCAUGGCACCUAGUUUUCUCACUCACCCGUUGACUCUGGAGCAAAGCUUUUGCAGGUUAAUAUUUCUUGUUUCCUUGUUGGUGUCCUUGAUUCAGAGAAAAAGAACUACAUUUCAAAGUCCAACAAUUACAGGAAGCUCUGAUAUAGAAUGAUAACCUCUGCGAACUCCAGGAAACUUUCCACAUUUUCAAAUGUCCAAUAGUAACACAUGCCAUUGUAAGAGAACAAAGCAAAAAUCUGAGCCAAGUAUGAACUAAAUCAUCCAACCAGUAAAGGAAGAAAAUAAAUUCAGCAUAAUACUGCAACCUGAUCUGCUUUCUUUUAUACCUAAACUUGUUGUAUCUGUAUAAUUAUAAUAUAACCAUUUACAAAAAGGUGUGGAAGUGCUUUCAUUUUAAUACAGCUAUAUAAUCAGCUAUCUGAUCAGAGACUGAAAAUGCAACUGUAAAUGAAGCCCGUCCCCAAGGGGCGGGCUUUAAAAAAAAAAAAAAAAAGAAAGAAACAGCCGACUAUGAAAAGCAGCUCAGCUGGUGGCGGUGGCUUGAGUUAUGUGUUGGAGGUCUAAGAGGGGAGUGCUCAAGACUUCAUACAUUUAACAGCACUGCUGCUUAAUUUCAAGCUUUAAUUAAGACUGAAUUUAGCAGAUUUUGAUUAACGCACAAACAAAAAGCUCUGUGGACAAAAAGGAUCAUUCGGAUAUUUCUAGGACUGGAUUACCUCACAUCUUUCGUGGAGUGACUGCAUCAUCCUUAAGGACGAGGCUGAAGACAAGCAUGGCUGUGAUCGUGUUGAUGAUGAUGGGACUCUCUCUGCUCAUGCAGGGCUGCUUGUGCAUAAAUGAAGAGGUUCAAGAAGGCUGCAAGAAAUGGGAUCCAUAUAAAGAAGAUGUUUGCUGUGAAGCCUGUCAUCCAGGAAACCGCCUGGUCACGAAAUGUGGUCAAAAAGCAAAAGACCUUUGUAAAACUUGUGAGCCUGGGACAUUCAAUGGGGAUGGCACAACAUACCAGUGCACCAGAUGUACACAGUGCGUAGGAGCUCAAAUCCUUUUGGAGCCAUGCACAGCUACAACUGAUACCAAGUGUGGCUGCGAACAAGGACUCACCUGUGGCGAUGAACGCUGCUCCUUCUGCGUGGACACAUGCGGCAAAGGCCAAGAACCUACAGAUGAUCGUUCUUGCAGACCAUGUCCAGAAGGAACCUUCAAUGACAAAAUUCAGCAGAAGUGUAAACCAUGGAGUACCAAGUGUCCCUACCCAAACCAGUACAUCGCGGCCAAAGGAAGUGCAGUCAGUGACAUAAUAUGUAAUAAUGCUACCAUUUCCCCAGUUGUCAGUCCAACAAAACCUGGUCAAACAGACCACAGUGCAUGGCCAGUGGUUUUAUCGGUGCUUACCAGCAUAUUCCUAAUAGCUGUCUGUGUCAUCAUAACUUCUGUGGCUGUCACUAUCCUCCGUAAGAGGAAGAAGACAAAGAAGCCUAUUCCAAAAACACCCAUAAUCAGAACACCUACAGAUGAUCCCAGGACCUUAAUAGCAAUAGAGUGCAGCUUUCACGAGGCGCAGCAAGAACAGGGCAGCAGCUCAGAGUCACUGAACUCCAAGGACUCCACAGAGCAGCUCAUUGUGUGAAUGGAAGACAAACACACUGUGAAAUACCCACUGGAUGAGGUUUUGUUGAACUCCUAUUAAGUCCUGAAUCAUGACCUCGUACUUCUUCAAUAGGGGAAGAAUUAUUUAUUGGUUCAAAAUGAAAGAAAACAAAUUCUGUUUUCAGGCAGCUGUGUUUUAGUCAUCUGCUCUCCCCACAGAAUUCCCUCAGCAUCAGGGUACAGUUAUACCCAUCCCCUGUCAAUACAAUAAUAAUACACACGAAGUGAAGGGGAAUUCUGACAGGGAACAACAAAAUUAGUCAAUAGUAGUUUUUUUUUUUUUUUUUUUGUGUCGUUUUUAUGAUGUGAACUUUAAUAGUCUGUGAACGUAACCUUGAAAUGUGAAAAAGGAAGGUUUCACAUUUCAUUGCAUAGUUUAAAAUGUUUGUUUACCAAGUAUUUGGACAGUUUUAAAUAAGGCAGUAGCAUAAAAGCAUGAAUGAGCUCCACAUUUGCAUGGGGGUGGUGGGGGGGGGGGGGGGGGUGAGUGUAACUCAUUGUGAGAGUACAGUGCAGGUGCAAGUUCAACUGGGCAUAAAAACGUCUCUCAACGUACUUGUACUCGGAAAAUGCUACAUUCAUUGUGACUUUAUUGGGGCAACUACAUGUUAUGUUACUAUUUAAGUGUAUUCAUAUCUAUAGAUAGGAGAGGUUUUUUUUGCUUUAAAUUGUGAAAAUAAUAACUUUAUCUAUUAAUGUAAAAGCUAACACACUGAAGGCAGCAAGUCAAAGUCUCUUUCACUCUACUUAACAUUAACAGGAAUUAUAUGGACUUUCCUGCUAUUGCUUAAUUGGUUGAUGUGGUCAAAAAUCCCAGCGAAGGGAGAGUACCUUUUUUUUUUAAUCCUAACAGGCUACGUGGUAACAAAGAAGGAAGCCCACUCUAUAGUAACAUUCAUAGUAACACUCAUACCGAAUAAGAGAAUUUGGCUGAGAUUCAACUAUGUUCAUUGAGCAAGUUGAAACAAGUCUCUUGCACAAUAGUUAGUCAGCAGCUAUCACAACUCUAUUGAAAUGCCUGAUAAACAGAUUAGUCAUGCACGUUAAGAUUCUUUUUAAGUGUGUCAUGGGAAAUCCUAAGGACAUUUGUGAUAAACACGUGGCAAAUGAAUGAUCCGUCUAAAAGGUCAAUAUGUGGAAAACCCCCAUUAGACCAGUACUGUGUUCUACAUGUUCUACAUUUAUUUGACUUCGAGCAGCAGAGUGGGCAGCUAGAUCAGAUCUACUGUAUUUUUUUUUUUUGCGUUUCUUUGCUAAACCGUAGCAGGCGUAUGUUUCUAUGUGAAAUGGAACAUUUGAGAAAUACGCUUUGUGGGCUUGAGGUGAAAACUUAACCCACACCUUUAGUAAUGUAUGUAUGACUCACAACUCCGCACAGUAAGCUCUGAUGACGACCUCAAAGUUCACAGGUGUUGUCUAGAAAAGACACACUUAACCACAUUCCAAUCCAACAGUCAUAUAGUAUAAUGUUUUUAAGAACUGUAGCACUUUAUUUUAUCUGCCAACUGUUACUUGACUAAUCCUAUGUACUUAUCAGCUGAAUUCUGGUUUAAAUGACUCAUGAAAUAUUUUUAGAGUUGUCAAUGUACAGUAGAUGAAACUAUGUGUUUGGAAUUUUUGUACAUGUAUAUUUGAAUUUGUCUAUUUUUAUACAUCUUUAUUAAUAUUAACAAAGUGACGAACAAGUUCGUGGAAAAAAAAAUAAAUUUUUUUUAAAUAAAGACUACUUGGUUACGCA